AGUUCCUCCGGCAUUUUGUGUGUGUUGCUUGUUCUGCCUGCUCUUGUUCUGGCGUUUUCUACCGGUGAGGACAUGCUUUGACCCAUUCUGUCUGGUUAGACCUGCGGUGAGAGAUUUAUUGGAAGAAAAACCCCAACUGGAAGCAAACCACGACUGAAGACGAGGGAACAGCAACAAGUGAACCAGCCCGAGGACUGAGAGCAUAAACUGUAGAGAACCCAUCUGAUUCAGAGAAUCCAGUGAUUCAGUCAGGAGAAAGUUUGGUUAAAAAUGACAAGGAAUUUGUCUACGGGAAUCUCAAACAGAUCACGUCAGGUUUGCUGUCUCUAUCCAGAUAUUUAAGACGAGGAGCAAGGGAUUCAUUCAACCUUCCUUCCUGCUCAGACUGUGUGGAGGGAUUCAUUUGCUCAUCUGACUGACUGGCACACCCGUUAUUUUACACAAGAGAGAGUCCGUUCAUAUUCUCAGACUGUGGGAAGGGAUUCACUCGGUCAUCUCAACUGAAGGAACAUCAGCGGGUUCACACUGGGCAAGGCCAUUCAUCUGUUUUGUGGGUGAGAAGGGAUUCAGUCACUCUUCCCAGCUGUGGAGACACCAGUCAGUUCACACUGGGCAGAGGCUGGUCAUCUGCUGAAUUUGUGGAGAAGGAUUCAUUCGGUCAUCUGAUCUAAUGGCUCAUCAGCGAGUUCGCACUGGUGAGAGGCCAUUCACCUGCUCGGACUGUGGGAAGGGAUUCAAAUACUCAUCUAAACUGAAGGAACACCAGCGAGUUCACACUGGAGAGAAGCCGUUCAGCUGCUCAGACUGUGGGAAGGGAUUCACUCGGUCAUCCAACCUACUGACACACAGGUCAGUUCACACUGGGGAGAGGCCGUUCACCUGCUCGGACUGUGGGAAGGGAUUCACUUGGUCAUCGGACCUACUGGUACACCAGCGAGUUCACACUGGAGAGAGGCCGUUCACCUGCUCAGACUGCGGGAAGGGAUUCACUUGCUCAUCCCAACUGAAGGUACAUCAGAGAGUUCACACUGGGGAGAGGCCGUUCACCUGCUCAGAUUGUGGGAAGAGAUUCACUCGGUCAUCUGAACUACUGGUACACAAGUCAGUUCACACUGGGGUCAGGCUGUUCACCUGCUCGGACUGCGGGAAAGGAUUCACUCGGUCAUCCACCCUAACGGCACACCAGCGAUUUCACACCGGGGAGCGGCCAUUCACGUGCUCAGACUGUGGAAAGGGAUUCCCUUGCUCAUCUAACCUGAAGGAGCAUCAGCGAAUUCACACUGGAGAGAGGCCGUUCUCUUGCUUAGACUGUGGGAAGGCAUUCAUUUCGUCAUCUAAACUGAAGGUACAUCAGCGAAUUCACACUGGGGAGAGGCCAUUCACCUGCUCAGACUGCGGGAAGGGAUUCACUCAGUCAUCUGACCUACUGGUACACCAGUCAGUUCACACUGGAGAGAGGCCGUUCACCUGCUCAGACUGCGGGAAGGGAUUCACUCGGUCAUCCAAACUACUGGUACACCAGUGAAUUCACACUGGGGAGAAGCCGUUCAACUGUUCAGUCUGUGGGAUGAGAUUCAGUCAGUCAUCCACCCUACAGAGACAUCAGCGAGUUCACACUGGGGAGAAGUCGUUCACCUGCUCAGUCUGUGGGAGGAGAUUCACUCGGUCGUCCCACCUACUAAGUCAUCAGCGAGUUCACACGGGAGAGACUGUUCACCUGCUGUGAAUGUGGGAAAGAAUUCAUAUGGUCAUCUUGACUACAGAGACACCAGCAAGUUCACACCAGUGGUAGAGUCUGUUCACCUGCUCAGACACUGGGAGGAGUUUCUCUCAGCCUUCUCAAUCAAAUGUGCAUGAUUGAGUUCAGGCUGGGUACAGGCCGUUAACCUGCUGUGAAUGUGAGAAGGGAUUCACUCAGUAACCUAACCUUGUGACUACACUACUGGGUUCACACUGGGGAGAAAGUUUCAGUAAGCUUCAUGCUGGAGAUUUGUCCAUCACCAUUGCUGAAUGCAAUUUCUUCUGGAUAUUCACCUUUAAUGGGACUAGAGUUUACAAUCUGGA